CAAGUGAAGCUGGAGAACGAGGAGAUGGACGGCCCCUGGGAGCAGGUGGGCGUUCGGGUGCCUCUGGUGGACUCGGGGGCCUCGGCGACGUGCCGCUCACCGACGUCGACGAGGCCUACGCUGCAACGGAUGCUGCCGCAGGGGCGACUGAUCGCCCAUCAGGACACGAAGGACAACAUCUUCUACACGGUCGAGGGCUCGGAGCUGGACAACAGCACGAAGCGGAUGACGGACAUCUUCCUACUGGAGCACCUGCCGACUUGGGAGAUGUGGGCCAGCAAGCUCCUCCGGCAGUGGACACAGCGCCGCCGCUGGGGGCGGGUCGCCCAGAAAAUAUUUCUCAAGACGAUCGACCACGUGAACUGGAAGCUGGACAGUCUCGGCCUACCUGUGCAGCUGCUACCAGAGAAGUACCCGACAUGGCCGACGGACCUCGAGCACCGUGCGAAGAUUGAGCCGUGUCCGCCGAGCACGAAGGCGAAGCAGCGCCCCCAGCAGUCAACAGCCGCCGCCGCGCGCGAGCAGAACCAAAAGCAGCGGGCCACCAUCGAGACCGCAAAGUCAGAUUUAUUGACCAAUUUGCGGAGGCCCCUGUGCAAGAUGUGGGGGUUGACCCAGUCGGGCAAGAAGGAGGAGGUGGUCGACAAGAUCAUAGCGUACAUCAUCGAGCAGCGCGGCACGGCGGCAGCGACGAUCAAGAUCAAGGUGGAGACCGAGACGAAGAAGGUGGAGACGGCGCCUACGACUGUGGGCCCGGCGAUCCCAGCUCACUACACGCAGAUGUGCCAGCGCCCGGAUUGCAAGCUAUGCCGAGGCAUCGCGAAGAACGAGCCGAUCGUGAAAGUGAGGUCGCGCUGGCACAGCGACGAGAGCCGGCCGCUGAAAGGUCAUCAGCGUCAGGCGAUCCGUGCAGCUACUCACAUGACGAGAUCGGCCAUCUUCGGAGCUACGUGCUCCCUCGCGACCUUCGGCCGCCUGGCGAUGGUCGAAGCGCGCGCCCACGAGGGCUCGAACCUCGGUAAGGCGUGCGACGAGAAGGGCUACCACUACGAGCGUCUCGGCCUGUUCAACGAGAACGACCUCAGCAAGCCGCAGGGUUACCACAAGGCGAAGUUCUUGCUGGAUGAGAAGCGCCCGGAGCUCUUCGUCAGCACUCCACCCUGCGGGCCCUUGUCGGCAAUGCAGAACGUCAACCAGCGCGAUGACAGGCAGAGGGAGAACCUUCGCAGGGCGCGCCUCAAGAGCCAGCGGAUCUUCGAGAACAACAAGAGGCUCAUAGAGCACCAGGUGCUGAACCUGAACGGCUCGGCCCUCGCCGAGCAGCCACGCAACAGUCGGUCGUGGCAGAAGACCUGCUGGAAGGAUCUCCACAAGGUUCUCCCCUACGAGGUGAUCGUGGACGGCUGCGCCUGCGGACUAAGAGCUCCCGACACAGGACACUACCACGAGGAGAUUGAGAGCAGCUUGAGGACCGAGGCUUCGGGCUACUACCCCAAGAUGCUGCGCCGCCGGAUCCUCCGGGCUCUGACCAAGAGCCAGAACCAUAACUAUUUCGAGGACGAGGUUGUGAACUGCCUCUGCAUGGCAGCUACCCAGCAGCCACCGACGGAGCCUACGCCCAUGGUGGACGAGCCGUCAAUUCCACCACAAGACGGCAAGGAAACUCACAACCUCACCAACGAGACAAUCAAGAAUAUCGAGAGCUACACCAGGACAUUCAACUGGGACAUCUGCGACGCGCACCGUCCACCGACGAAGCGGCCACCAGCAUCAUCAGCAGAGCAGCCUCAGAACGGUCACGAGGUUCUCUUCGACGCCUUCUCGUGGAUCCGUCGCAGCAAGAAGACGAACGUGAUGGCGCUGGCGAUCCUCGACGCCGGCUCAGACAUCCUCUACGUGCGGCUGAUCGACGAGAAGCAGAUCCCGGGUACGACCCGGCAAGUUCGUGCCGGCGACCUUCGGCAUAUCUUUGCGACAAAGUGGUUUCCCUGGAUGGGACGUCCGAAGGUCAUGCGCUACGACCCGGCCGGCAGCGCCAUCUCUAACGAGUUCCGCGAGUGGAUCGAGAGCCAGGGAGUCUACUGCCUUCCAUGCGCGGCCGGCGCCCACUGGCAGAUCGGCAAGAUUGAGCGCGCGAUAGAAGCCUUCAAAGAGGCCCUCGACGCUUUCGACGAGAUGGUCUCAGCUGAAGUACCUACUAGCGAGAUGAUCGGACUCCAGACGGCCGCCAGAAACGACCUGCUCAGGAUCGACGGGCUCAGCCCACUGCAGCGCUACGCAGGACGGACACCGACGGGGACCACGGUCAACCUGUCCGACGAGCCGAACAACCUGCCCCUCAUCAGCGCCGAGCUGCAGGAUGGCACCUUCAGCAGGGACGCCCAUGUUCGACGAAUGGCGCGGCUGGCUCACAUCCAAACUGAGAUCUCCGACCGAGUCAAACUGGCGGAGGCCGCGCGCUUCAGGUCUUUCAAGAGGUACGAGACGGGCGACCUGGUCUUCGUCUACAGGAGGCUCCCACCAGGAGCCUGGCUCAAGAAGGGCCAACCUCGCCCCAUGCCUGGGCGAGGCCGCUGGUACGGACCUGGACGAGCACUCUGCCACGAGCCCGCGAGCUCGGGACAUCGACCUGGUCUACAUGGGACGGUGGUCAACAUCACACUGGCUGGACGCCUCUACCGAAUUGCCCCAGAACAGCUUCGACCUGCUACGCCCUCCGAAGAGGCGAUGGACUCUCUACGCUCGCGUCGCGAGCAGCCGGGGGCGUGGACCUUCGGCGACGUCCAGAAGCUGCUCGACCAGAACGAGGUGAUUGACUUUCUUUCGAACGAGUCCCCGCCUACUGGCGAGGACCUUGCCGCUGACGACGGCGAGUCUGUCAGCGCUCGCACCUUCGAGGGCGACGCGAGCGGGCCCUGGGCCAUUCCUGAGGAAGCCGAGCUACCUGCAGAAGAGGAGAUCGUCAUGGAGGCCCCUCCCGACGACGACCAAGCGGAGCGUACGUCUCAGCAGCCCAUUGCGGUGGACACGGACGACGACCUCGACGAGACUACGGCGCCCGACGUGAACGACAAGCGCCGGCUGCGGUCGCCUGGCUCAACCGAGCCACCUGCCAAGAAGCAGCGGAUCAACGUUGCGACCCAGGAGGCUUUCUCCUACUACCUGCAGGAGGGUAACUUCUACGCGGACUACGCCUACAGCGUCCAGCAGUACGACGAGACGAAGAAGGACGACGAGCUCAUCGUGCUGGACAUCCCCGUCAGCAACGAGCACGCGCCCAUGGCUUACAUGGACGACCCCAGCAACUUCGUGGCAUCACAGGCCCGGAAGGGCCGCGUGGAGUUCUCCUUCAAGAAGGCGACGCCUGAGGAAAAGAAGCUGCUACUUGAGGCCCAGCAGAAGGAGUGCACCUCCGUCCUUAGCACGAGGGCCGUCAGGAUCCUCGGCCGCAAGGGGAUCGACCCGGCGCGCCUGUUGCGCUGCCGCUUCGUGCUGACCUGGAAGAAGGACGAGCAGGGCAACGUGCUUCGAGGCAAGGCCAGAUUGGUCGUGCUCGGCUUCAGCGACCCCGAUCUGCUACACCUUCGGACAGAAUCACCAGUUGCUUCAAGACGUGCACGACAACUUCUACUGGCCAUGGCAGCAAGACACAAGUGGAAGCUGGAGAAGGCAGACGCAGUGACAGCCUUCCUCCAGGGCGAGACUGACGAGGAGAAGAGGAAGAUCUACGCCGACCCGCCGAAAGAUGUUCGUCAGGCCUUCGGCAUGAAAGAUGACGAUGUACUGCAGUUCCUCAAGCCUAUGUACGGGUUCGUACAUGCUCCUCGCAAGUGGUGGCUCCAUUUCAAGGACACGCUCAAGACGCUGAAGCUGGAGAUCGUUCAGUGCGAGCCUUGCGUCUGGGUCAUCCGAGACGGCAACAAGCUGUUCGGCAUGGUCAUCCUACACGUCGACGAUAUGAUGAUUGCCGGCGACCACAACAACCCGGCCCUUCUCAAGAAGCGUCAGGAGAUUCAACAAGCUUUUGAAUGGACACCCUGGGAGAGCCGAGCGUUCGUGCAGUGCGGCAUCAGCAUUCGACAGAACGAGGGUUACACCUGCAGCCUCGCACAGGACAGCUACAGCCUGAACGUGGAGCCGAGCCGACUUGGUACACUCGGAUGGCGAGCUCAGCAGUCGGCCCCGUGGCUCAGCGCAGAAGUCUCUCUACUGCAAGCGGAGAUACCUACGGCCACGGUCUCAACCACCCAGAAGAUCAACAAGCUCAUCCGCGCCAUGAAUGACACCGCCGACGUGGUCAUGCUCAUCCCGGCCAUUGAGCAGAUCGCCGUGGUUGGCUGGGGCGACGCAGCCUGGGCCGCCCGCAUCACCGGCGAGUCCCAAGGCGGAGAAAUCGUUGUUCUGGCCCCCCUGUCCUUCCUGAGUGGCUCGACAGAGACGGUUGCGCCUAUCUCUUGGAGAUCGUGCAAGCUACCAAGAGUGGCCAGAAGCAGUACGAGUGCGGAGGUCCAGAUGAUGACUGAGACCCUAGACGAGAUCAGUUACGUGCGCCUAUUUAUCUACGAGCUGGAGUGCGGUCAAGUGGACUACACCAACAAGCAGCACGUGAACGACGCCAUCUCAUCUUGCCCUGGCGUACUUGUCACAGACGGUAAGUCGGGCUACGACGCGAUCGAGAAGAGUGAGUCAGCUGGUCUCGGACUACGCGACAAGCGGACGAGCGUCGAGUGCCCGGGCAUUCGACAGCAGAAGGAGCAGACGGCCCUCCAGAUACGCUGGGUACACAGCGACGCCAUGUUAGCCGACGGGUUGACCAGGGAUCGCGCCGCCAAGGUCUUGCUGGAGUUCUUCAGAUCAGGCCAGCGCUGGAGACUCGUGGACGAUCCCCUUCACCGCAGCUCCCGGAAGCGCAAGACCGAGGGUAUGGACAAGCUCGACCAUGGCAAGCCGAUAUCGGACGAUGACGAGAACGCAAUGCUGGAGGCCCUGAUCUACUACGCCCGCGACAACCCCGACGAGCAGGAGAACCCUGCUGGAGAUACAGCCAUGUGGGGCACGGUGAAGCCGCUCACGCGCUCUGUGCUUUCUGUGAAUUCAGUUGCCAGAG